AUGGGCCCCCGGAAGAAUGCGCAGUCCACCUCUGCCGAGCUGUCUCUUCUUCACCUCAAGAACUGCCUUGUCAACCUUCCCUCUUCGCUCGUCUCGCUGCUGAUAAACGUCAACACGCCCGUCCAGAAUGUCGUCGUCGAGCUUAGCUACCGCGCCCCGUCGACCAAUGGACACUCCGCCACAGCCACUCCGCCGCCGCGAUCCGUCUUUGUCGGAUGGACGGGCAUGCCCAGCAGGAGGAAACCGGCUUCUGUCGUCGGUCGCGAUGGACUCAUGGGCUCCCGGGGCUCCAUGCGCGAUCAUGAGACGCAGCUGGUCGAGAUGGACGCCUCUCUAGCCCGCGCCCUGGAGCUCCCCGAUGGCCUCAAAGUCACCGCCACCGUUCACGUCGAUCCACCCAUGGCGCACACGAUCAACAUCGAGCCCCUGACUCCAGAAGACUGGGAGAUGAUUGAGUUGCACGCAACAUUCCUCGAGUUGAACCUCUUGUCACAAGUUCGAGCCCUUCCAAAUCCAGCCUACAUGCUCGGCGGCAAUACUCCCGUGCCUCCUCACCCCCUGACUCUUCAUCUCUCCCCGACCUCGGCCGCAAAUAUCAAGGUCGUGUCGCUGGAGCCCGCGCUGCCGUCGGAUGCCCCGUUUGCGAAGCUGUCCGCAAACGCCGAGGUCAUUGUUGCUCCCAAGACGAGAGCCAAGGCCACUCAGAGCAGCGGCGACCACCGCAGUGUCGCGAGCACCUCCAAGUCGAGACGCAGCGGACAGCCUGCGAUGAUUGGUUCGAUGAUGGUCCGAGGCGUCAACUACGUCGUGGUAGAUGUCAUCAAGCCUGCUGGGCUGCGCAAGCCGCAGCCCGAAGAUGGAUCGACUCCUGCUGUCACCAUUGCUUCAUCAAAGGUCGUGGCUAGCCUCAAGUCAUGGGACGAUCCGCCCAACGGGCAGGCUGCGGCCCUAUCAUCUCCUCUUUGCGUGGCGCUCGGCUGUUCUGGAAUCGUCGGCGGCAUCGUCAAGAUUCAAGCGGCCCCGCAGCCACUGCAACAGGGCCAGGUGCAGCAGAUCAAAGUCUUUCCUUUCGCGCUCGGGUCCAAGGCCGGCGAGGGGCUGCGGUUUGGCAGCGAGACAAAGGCCGAACAGGAAGAGUCGGCCAAGAAGUUCAGACACAUGUAUUCUGGUUCCCAAGGCGCGGGAGGCUUGCUUCAGGGACCCAUCACCGACGGCCUUGUCGUCGGGCUCUGCGAAGGCAUCGAGGCACCCCAUGGGUGGGAAGGCGGCGUGGUCAAGUUUGAGCACAGGGCGGACACGGCGGUCCAGGAGAAGAGCAAAGAGGCGGCCCUGUGGAUGACGAGCUUGGACUCCAAGGUUUCCAUUGAGUUUCAGCAACCGCAGCCCCGGCCACCUUGGAUGGCCAACUCCGAUGUAUUUGAGUUGCAGCCAUCGGACGACUCCUUCUUGGUGGGCAUCGACGCUCUACUGGCGAGCCUACAGUCGCAUCUCGCUCACAUGUCGUCGGUGCUGUUGACGGGCACGAUGGGCUCGGGCAAGACGGCCGUGGCAAAGCACCUGGCCAAGAGACUGCGCCAAGAAAGCCUGUCCUAUACGCUUUAUUUCUCCUGCCGAAAGUUGGUCAACGAUGAAACAAGCGUGUCCACAAUCAAGGAAACGCUGAAUCGUAUUUUCCUGUCCGCAAGCUGGGGGGCCAGACUGGGCGGUAGGGCCCUCGUCGUGCUCGAUGACCUCGACAGGCUGUGUCCUGUGGAAACGGAGCUGCAGGUGGGAAACGACAACGGGCGGAGCCGACAAGUGAGCGAAACCAUACGGUCAGUUGUCCGGCAGUUCUGCACGAGAGAUAGUGGCGUUGUCCUCUUGGCCACGGCUGAAGGGAAAGACUCAAUCAACAACGUCGUGGUAAGCGGUCACGUUGUUCGGGAGAUUGUCGAACUGAAGGCGCCUGACAAGGAAGCGAGGCGGCGAGUCCUGGAAACGAUUGCGAAGCAAGGCGCGGUGGCAGCCGACCAUGGCCAGGGACCGGCAAGCGACAACAGUCGUCCGCCAACUUCUGACGGCAGCGCGGCAGGGGAUGACGGCGAUGCUUGGAUGCAUGGCUCGGGGCCGCAUCGACCCAGAGCUGGCGCUGGCGGCUUCGCUCUCGCCUCAGACCUCGACUUGCUGGACAUUGCGGGCAUGACGGAUGGCUACAUGCCCGGCGACCUGGUGGUUCUGGUUUGCCGGGCCAGAAACGAGGCCAUGAUCCGCUCCAUCGGCGAUUCGCCAUUCCAGGAUGGCUCUGGCGCCAUUUGUCUCGGCCGUGCAGAUUUCGACAAGGCAUUGAAGGGCUUCACGCCGGCGUCCCUGCGCAAUGUGUCGCUGCAGAGCUCGACGACGACGUUUGCGUCCAUCGGGGGCUUGCACGAGACGCGCAAGGUGCUCCUCGAGACGCUCGAGUACCCGACAAAGUACGCGCCCAUCUUUGCGCAAUGCCCGCUCCGCCUGCGGUCGGGACUGCUCCUUUACGGCUAUCCCGGCUGCGGCAAGACGCUCCUCGCCAGCGCCGUGGCCGGAGAGUGCGGCCUCAACUUCAUCAGCGUCAAGGGGCCCGAGAUCCUUAACAAGUACAUAGGCGCCUCCGAGAAGAGCGUCAGAGACCUGUUUGACCGAGCGCAAGCGGCGAGGCCGUGUGUCCUAUUCUUCGACGAGUUCGACUCCAUCGCCCCCAAGCGAGGCCACGACUCCACGGGUGUCACGGACAGGGUGGUCAACCAGCUCUUGACGCAGAUGGACGGCGCCGAGGGCUUGUCGGGGGUGUACGUCCUGGCGGCGACAUCGCGCCCCGAUCUCAUCGAUCCGGCGCUGCUGCGGCCCGGGCGGUUGGACAAGUCACUGCUCUGCGACAUGCCACGCCUAGCCGACCGUCUCGACAUACUCAAGUCGUUAUUCCAGAAAGUACGGUUGUCGAGCGAGCUAACCGAGUCGGACGAUAUCUUGACGGACGUUGCGCGCCGUACAGAAGGGUUUUCCGGAGCUGAUCUGCAGGCCCUGGUGUCCAACGCACAGCUCGAGGCCAUCCACGACGUGCUCAACACGAAUGCUCCUCCAAUGUCGGCAUCCCGGCGCGGAGCUGGACAAAAGGCAACCGCGCAGCACUCCACUCCGAGCUUCGUGCAGUUCCGCUACGGUACCGGUCCGGCGGACAAGAUCAGACUGGCCCGCAAAACGGCCAAGCAAGCGCGCAGAGGCGCGGGCGGCGAGGACCGAGAGGAAAAGGAGACGACGGAGCAGCAAAGAGAGGUGAUUAUGGAGUGGUCGCACCUCGCCAAGGCCCUCGAGAACACGAGGGCGAGCAUCAGCGCAGCCGAGGGGGCGCGGCUACAGAGAAUAUACAGGGAGUUUGUCGAGGGGAGGAGCGGGCAGAUGAAGGACGGCCAGGGAAGCAUGGAGAUUGGAGAGAGGAGUAGUUUGAUGUAG